AUGGCGGAUUCAAGUUUUUUGUUAAAAGAGAUGAAACUUGUAAGUAAAAAUACUCUUUACAUUUACUCAUCUAAAUUGUUUAGGGUGUUGGUUGUGUGGGAGAACAUUGAAAAGGAUUCAAAAUUACCAAAUUUAGAUGCUUCAAAGGAUCAUAAAUCUAAACUUUCAGCAGAUUCACCUCGUAGAAUCUCGAAUGAUUCGCCUUACAUUGCUCAUAAUGCGGGGCCAAUCAGUUGCUCUUCUCCAGAUGUGGGGCUCAGUCCCAGUGGAAACAGACCUCCGAAAAUUCCAACAGAGACACUUACUAGACGAAAAUCGCUUUCAAGGUCAGUUUACUCGAAGCCCAAAUCAAGAUUUGGUGAACAAUCUUUGCCCCUAGAUACUAAAAUGUUUGAAGAAAAUGGAUCAUCAACGCAAGAACACAUAAUAUCAAGUCGGGGUUCGCCUAUUACUAAAAUUGAUGCUAAUAGUACUAGUAUUAAGGACAAUAUUAGGCCUUUGUCGAUAACACCUAAGACGCCCUUGAUGUCAUCUCCUGGUGGUUUCAGAGGAGUGGAUGAGGACGAGGAGAUAUAUCGCAGAGUGAACAGUAGAAAGAAGUUGAAGCAUAGGAAAUUGAAAGCUAAGGUUUUGAUUGAAUGGUUGCUGUUUCUCUGCAUUGUUGGCUGUUUAAUUGCUAGCGUAACUAUUGAUGAGUUUCAAGGUUGGAGGCUUUGGGGUUUGAGAAUUUGGAAGUGGUGUGUUCUUGUUUUGGUUACCUUUAGUGGCCUGAUGGUUACUGCAUGGUUAAUUCGUUUUUUUGUUUUAUUGAUUGAACUCAACUUUUUACUCAAGAGGAAGGUCUUGUAUUUCGUUUAUGGCCUGAAGAAGAGCGUUCAGGUCUGUAUCUGGCUGAGUUUGGUUCUUGGCGCUUGGGUUUUGCUAUUUCAAGAAGGGGUUGGGCGAACCAGUGUGACUACCAAGAUUUUGCAUUACAUUACCUGGACUAUUGCUUCGCUACUCAUUGGUGCAUUCUUGUGGCUCUUAAAGACUUUACUGCUAAAGAUUUUGGCAGCUUCAUUCCAUGUCAACUCUUUCUUUGAUAGGAUUCAAGUAUCAAUCUUCCACCAGUACAUUCUAUUCACCCUGUCUGGCCUACCAGUCAUGGAGUCAGCUCAGAUGUUGGGGAAAUCGAACAGUAAUGCAAGUCAAUUCAGUUUUCGAGUGACAAAGAAGGGGAAGGAAGGCAAGGAAAAGAAUAAGAAAGAGGUGAUUGAUAUCAAUAAACUCCAUCAAAUGAAGCAAGAAAAAGUCUCUGCUUGGACCAUGAAGAUGGGUAACGAACAGGCAGAUAAAGAGAUUACCAAUAAGGAGGAAGCAAUUGCUGCUGCAUAUCACAUUUUCAGGAAUGUAGCUCAGCCUGGUUGCAACUACAUUGACGAAUUGGACCUAAGGAGAUUCAUGAUUAAAGAAGAGGUGGACUUUGUAUUCCCAAUGAUUGACACAGCUGAGACUGGACAGAUUAACCGGAAAGCUUUGACAGAAUGGGUGGUAUGUGAGACCUUUUCCAAUUCAUGUCACAUAGGUAGUGCAUUGAUCUUAGAUACAAUGUAUACUAUCUCAAGACAGAAUAAUUUUGAGAAUGGUAUGGCUAAUGUCGGAGCGGAGCGGAGCAGAGCGGCUGUAUCGGCCUUGUGA